AUGCGCUUCUCCGCCAUCACUUCCGUUGCCAUCACCAUGCUCGGCUUCGCCGCAGCUAAGCCCACCGAGUCCCAUGGUGUUGCUUCUGGCAAAUACCUGUUCUCGCGCUCCACCACAGCCUGCGACUGCGAUGGUGUCAGGGGCUGCUGCAUCAAUGACUGCAACUUUAACGAGAACUGUUGCAACACGACCUGCAUGGACAGGUUUCCGGAGUGCUACAAUGCCUGUUAA